CUUGUGCAGGUUUUAUUAUUCGUCGUAAGAUAGUGGAUUAAAUAAAAUCGCAGCGUUUAUUUAUAGCGUGUUUUGAAAAAAUAUACAGUUAGUUGAAUAAAUGUUCAGUGUCCACUUGGAUAUUUAAACUUACAUACAGUAACCCACGAAAAUGCCAAGCUGGCGUUUUCUGUGCUGCACGUUCAACAAAGCUACCGACGACGGCGGCGGUAUCGAUGCACCAAACGACAUGCCGUCCUGGCGGAAGAACAAAUCGCCGACGAAAUCUCGCAGCAAACAUGCGUCUGGGAAGAAAACGUGGACUCGUCGAAGUCUGUUAGAAAACGAAGAAAAUGAGUUGGAAAUGAUUCCCAGACACAUGGUACCCUACCAGAUGCGCGCGCUGGAGACGCCGACGAGUAUUCCGAUGAUGCUGGACGACGAGGACGACGAGAUUCGUAAGCGGCUCGUACGACAGAUUGCAACGAGGAGUCGUACGAGUCACCAGCACUUGUUCCAGAAACAGAUAUCCGAGCCAACGGGAACGAAAACCACGUUUCCGUGGAUGGACGAGGGCUUCGUGCCCAAUGCUCGACCCGGGACACGACUAGGUAUAAGUUCCGUCCAAAUGAACGCUCGACGUAGCAGCCAAGGUAAUCUCCUUGGAAACGCGGAUUCGUUAAAUUUCCGUGAUUCUCAGCCCACAAGCGCGUUCCAGCCAUAUUCAAAGAGCAAAAGUUUCACUGAAGGUCAGAGUAGCCCGAUCGUGACGUCAUAUAGGAACGGUUUUGCGCCGAUGGUGGUCAAGCCGAGUUACGUUCCAAAUAAGCAAGUACGAACGAUACCCGAUGGACAUGUGGCUAAAAAUAACGUUCUUGAAAAUGACAAUCAUAUGAAGGUUUACAGGGCACCAACUUCAGAUGUUGGUGUACGCAGCAUCGUUUCGAGUACAGGUCCGACACGUGGUCUAAACAAAAUACCAAAGCUCGAAGACGACCCUAGCGCUGAAUCCGAGUUGCUUGCUGCACCAAGCAUAAACAACGACCCACAAAUGACAAAUAACCCUCGAAGGACAGUAAUGGAUAUGUUUGAGAAUGAGAUGGAGUUAUCAGAAGAAUCUGCUGACGACGAUGAUGCGAACAAACACAGACUUGAUGACAUCAGUUUUGCAGGUGAUAUGUCGUUUGGGUCUAAUAAGUUAAUGUUCGAUACGGACUCCCCAGAGAUUCAUAAACAAUCCACGGGAAUGUUUUCGAAUAAUUCUAAAUAUGACGUUCUGAAAUCGCAUUCAACAAAAAUAAUAGAAAAAGGACGCAAGCCUGCAAUUAACAAGAAAUCUGAAAGUAUGUAUGGCUACAUUCCGAGGGCGGUGACUAAUUUACAUGCGUCUAAUGUUCUCGAAGGUACGAAACUGGACGAUUUCUUUAUGAGACGUCAGGCGGAAAGACAGCAGCAUAUCGCUCCAAUGAGUAACAAUCAUUCAAACUACGCAAUACUCAAGAAUGAAUCAGUGACAGAUGCGGAAGAGGAUCAACCCGUUAUCAUUACAACUUUGGUAGAAGACGAAGAAAACGAUGAAGUUGAAGUUCUUGCCGACGUCCAGAACGUGGAUAGUAUUGCAUAUGACAUGCAAUGUUCCAGCAAUGCCCGCAGUGUAGAAACGGUAAUUGACGACAUGAUACGCCAACUGAACGCUAAGAAAACCAAUAACAAAAGUGGAAACGACAAUGGCGGUCAUUUCAGACCCCCGCCGCACAACGAACCUUCAAAGCGAGAUGGAAGUGAAGGGUUCAUGCAAAAACUGAAACACUUGAUACAUCGUGACCCACCUAAAAGAACUGACGAAAACGAAAAUCAAGUCAUUAUGAUUGAUUUCCCGCCAAAUGUUGCGGCAGAUUUUAACGCGAACGCAAAUGAUGAGACUAACAGUAAGACAUCACAACUUGCAACUGACGUGGACAACUCGGAAGUGUUAUAUUAAUAAGAACAUACAGAAGUUCUAAAUACGUUUGAAAUUAGCAAAACCUUGUUUACAUGUAAAUGCAAUUAUGGAGAAUGCGUUCGUCGGUAAACGUCUUUUUACGGUAGCGGUUUUAUUGGUACCCAUAAUUAAGAAUCAGAGAUAAUCUUCGCAGUGCGUGUUUAUUACAUAUGAAAUAUUUGAAACCAGAAAGUACGUUCUCUUUUUGGCGUAGCUGUAAGCGUCCAUGAAUUGCGUUUUGAAACGAUGUAAACAGCGUGUUCGGCGUGAAACAAUUCUGUUCAAUGAAAAUGACAAAAGAGCAUAUGCCAGUUUCACACUAAACUCUUGACAUCUGUUAUACUGGUAUGUUCUCAUAUUUAGUAAAUUAUUACUCUAAUGCAUUCUGUGCACUAGUAUAAUUUAUAUCAUGUUAUUUCCUAUCCACAUAUUCUUUUUGACCGAAAUACUUAAAAUUGUUUUCAAAUUUGACCUGUAAGAGUUUUAAGUUUUAAACAGCCAUCGUUCCAGGAGUGGCAUUGUGACCUCACUGUAAAUGCAUUUCAUUCCAACCCGCAAGUUUAUCAAGGUUAGUUUGCGGUCAGUAAAAUAAUUGUUAUAAACGAUAUUGCAUUAACGUGUUGAAAUGGGAUUUUAUUUAGACCAGAAAUAUUGUCUUGUAUGUUUGUAUAACAUUUGAAAUAUUUUCUUGUAUUUCUGUUCUAUUUCUAUAGAUAUAUGAUUAAUAAUAUAUAAUACUGUGAACUAAGUCACGAAAUCUGGCGUAAUACUCCGUAAAUUAUUUUGGUGUAAUGCACAAAAGAACUGCUCCGAAAAUUGAAUUAACUUAUUUGAUCUCAUUGAUAUAACUUAUUAUCCUUCACCAAUAACAAGCAACAUCAACGUAUAUUUUUUUAUUUUAAAUAUUUAUUGUUAACCAUUGUGUUAUAUAAAAGAAGCCGUCGUACCAAGUCGUUUGCCUAGAACACCGCGCGUCAAGUUUAAUCUUUUUUGAGGCGGAAAAAUAACUCAGACGAUAUUUAUAUUUAAAUACAAACUCAUUUGAUUAUCUGCUUGCGAAAUCAGUAAAAUGAAUAAAAAGUAAAACCUGGAGACGAAUAUCAUGAUCGAAUACAUAAAGAUGCAGACACGUGUACAAAAUUACCUUUUCUUCAAACUAUAGUUAUGUACAUUUUAAGUGAUUUAUCUUCAUGUACAAAUAAGAGUCGGGUAGAUUUUAAUUUUAGUUUUAAAUAUCCUGAAUUAAAGGCAGACAAAUGCAGACCAAACAUUCAAAUGUUGACAUUAAACUAUAGAAUCGAGCAAUAUUACUUACAAUCUCACGCUGUUAUAAAUUUAGUGACCGCUUAGUCCUCCAAAACGAAGCUUCUUUUUGAGUAGACAAUUUUGUGAUUGCUUGUUUUUUUUAACCUCAUGAUUUUAAGAUUUUAAUUAAAAUUAUUUGUUUGAACAUUUUUUAUCUGAUACGUUUUGUUCAACGUGUAUGUGGUGGCUUUAUUUGAUGGGCUGUAUAGAUAAACAACUAUCUGGACCUUAGCAGCUUUAAUUUUGACAUUUUUGU